AUGGCUUCUAGUGACAUUAUUCAAACUAGAGACUUUGCUGAACAAUCUUAUGUACAUAGUGGUUGCUCCUCUGUAAGUAAGAUAGAAAAACAGAAAAUAAUUCUCACUUCAAAAACAGAUAUUCCAAAACAAGCAGCUAUUAUUGAAAAAAAGAAAUAUUCAUUAAAUGAAUCAGAAACAAUACGAGAAGUUCGAAUUCGUAGUCUUUCUCAUUGGUCACAUUUUACACCAAGUAGUAAAUCAAUGGCAUCUGCUGGUUGGUUUUCAUGUAAUGUUAAUGAUCGAGUUAUUUGUAUAUAUUGUAAUACAAUUUGUCAUCAAUGGACAAUUAAUGAUGAUCCAGCUGAAGUUCAUACAAGAAUUGCUCCACAAUGUCCAUUUGUUCUUUCAAUGCCUUCGAAAAAUAAUUUACCAAAAAUAAUUAAUGAUCAACUUGAGGAAAAAUUUCAGCCAUCUCAUCCACAAAUGGCUGAAAUAUCUCGUCGAGAAGCAACGUUUUCUAAUAGUAAUUGGAAAGAAAAUUCACCAAGUAUUGAAAGUUUAGUUCGUGCUGGAUUCUUUUUUGCUGGUACUGAUAAUUCAGUAACAUGUUUUUAUUGUAAUGGUUCAUUACAUAAAUGGGGUCCAAAUGAUAAUCCUAUGAUUGAACAUGCUCGAUGGUUUCCUCAUUGUACGUAUGCUAAACAUUUAUGUGGAAAUCAAUUAUAUCAAAGAAUUCAAACAUCGAAAAAAAAACUAAUUUUAUCAGAAAAUAAAAUUGAUAAAGAUCAACUUACUCGUUUAGUUAAAUCAAGACUUGAUUUACCUAUAGUUGAACGUCUUCGUUCUCAAUAUCCAUUAGCAAUAAUUAAACGUUGCAUCGAAGAUCAAUUCAAAAUCAAAAAUGAUGAUUUUCAAACAGAUAUUGAUUUAACAAUGGCUUGUUCGAUUCUUCAAAAACAAAUUGAUAUUAUUCAAGGUUCUUCAGAUAAUAUAAUAAUUCCAUCACAAUAUCAACAAUUGUUAGAUAGUUCAUCUCAAUCAUUAAAACAAUCAUUAGGUGAAUGCUUUAUAUGUCUUACUGAAGAAAAACAAUUAGCAUGUAUGCCUUGUGGACAUUUAUGUGCUUGUGUUCCAUGUGGAUAUGCACUUCGUUCAUGUCCAAUCUGUAGACAAAAAAUUCAAUGUUUUAUGAGAAUUAGUUCUUAA